AAGACUAUGCCCAGCGCGGCGCUAGCGAGCGGGACGACCCCUUGACAGGCCUGAAGCCAGCUCUGCGCCGCCGCCGCCGCCGGGAGGGGUGGGGGGUGGGGGGGGGGGGGACACACAUUUCUUCAUGUGGGAGCAGCAUGCGGGAAAUGGUCGGUGGUUGCUGCGUGUGUUCCGACGAGCGAGGCUGGGCUGAGAACCCGCUCGUCUACUGUGAUGGACACGGCUGCAACGUCGCCGUACAUCAAGCAUGCUAUGGCAUCGUUCAGGUGCCCACUGGCCCGUGGUUCUGUCGUAAGUGUGAGUCACAGGAGAGGGCAGCGAGAGUGAGGUGUGAGUUAUGCCCCCACAAAGAUGGCGCACUCAAGAGAACAGACAGCGGAGGUUGGGCCCACGUUGUGUGUGCACUUUACAUACCGGAGGUGCAGUUCGCCAACGUCCUCACCAUGGAACCCAUCAUCCUACAGUAUGUUCCACAUGAUCGAUACAUGAAGACAUGUUACAUCUGUGAGGACCAUGGCAGAGAGAGCAAGGCAGCAUGUGGAGCGUGCAUGGCCUGUAACAGACAAGGCUGCAGACAGGCAUUCCAUGUCACCUGCGCUCAGAUGGCAGGCCUGCUGUGUGAGGAGGAAGGCCCUGAAGCUGACAAUGUCAAAUAUUGUGGCUACUGCAAGCAUCACUACAACAAAAUGCAGAAGAAACGACGCUCCAGUGAAAAUGCAAGUAGUGCCUUCAGUCAUUCCAGGGGGCGCUCUACUUCUCCAUCACAGGACAAACAUCACCACCACAGGCAGCGGAAGAGUCACAAGGACAAGAUUCGUCAGAAAGACCGCCACAAGAAGUCCUCUGACAGCCUUGUCCCUUCGGUGGUAUCCAGCAGUAUAGACAUGCUCUCUUCCACUCACCACAGUUCCAAAGACAGUGAGGGAAAGUCCAAGAAGCUGAUUUCGCACAGUCACGGUCACCACAAUAAGAAAGCAGGAAGCACCGUCAAGAGUGGCUCCUCCUCUUCCUGUUCCUCCAGUCCAUUCAAUCCAGGUGGAGAUCAGUCUUCCGCUCCAGAUUUCCAUCAGUACUCCUCCUCUUCCCGUCUGGAGCGUGACCAAGAGCGAGGAGGCGGUGACCACAGUGGCGAGGAUCGCAAAGAGCGUCACAGGAGGCCAGCCGUCCAGAGGGCCAAAGAGGACGGUGAUAAGGAGGAAGACAAAGAUGAGGAUGAGGAGGAAGACGAGGAUAGCAAUUAUCAUGAGCCGCCAGCGUUGACGCCUGCUGAGGGCCCUCUCACAGGGUCUCAGGGUCAUGAUCGGUCAGAUGCAAACUCAAGCCCUUUCGAGAACAAGGUCACAAUUUCAACUUUUGGCUCCAUCAUGCGCAUCACCUCCACAUCAGUGCUGGGUAGUAGCAGUAAGAUCCGCAAGAUCUCCUCUUCAGGGGACUACAAACCUUCCAAGUCUCUGUGCAAGUUGUCUCAACUAAGCACACCACCUAUCCCAGAAGAAGCAGAUUUAGAGGACAAAACUACCCUGCCACCUGUGUCCCAAGAGAGAAGGCACCGUGGCAACAAAAAGAGCCGCCACGGUCCAGGCCGACCUCGGGGAAGCAAGAACCGAGAGAGGAAAGAGGACGCUCAUUAUCAUCAUCACAGCACCGCACCUCCUCCUCCACCACCACCAGUCUUCACCUCCUCGCUCUACCCGAGCCCAAUGUCAGUUCCACACCUGGCGUUCCCCUCCUCAUUGCCCACCACCACUCCUUUGUCCUCUUCAUUCUCAUCUUCCUCAGCUAGCAGUUUUUCCACAAGCCGUGGCAACUCGCUGCUUGGCUCGGGUAUUUAUUCCAGCCUUAAGAACCCUCUUUCACUGGGUGGGGGCAUCUGCAGCACCGCUCUCUCUCUGGGUGGAGGGGUGUGUAGCACCUCCUUGUCCCUGGCUGGGGCCAUGUGUAGCACCUCUCUCUCAUCAGGACUCCUCCCAUCCCAUGCACUCUCACUCUCGCACCAAUCAAGCAAUCCUGUUUCAAACCCACAGGUGCAUCCAGGUUCGAGCAGCGCCUACAAUGUAACCUCCACGCAACCUUUCAUCACUGGUCUCUCCACACUGCCACCACUACUGAGUCAAGCCCCAACCUCACUACGAGAGUCAGACCUUGAUGACUGUCGCUUCCCAUGUCAGGGAAACUCGCCGAGGGAAAGUCUUUCCUCACAGUCUCCUAUGAGCUCCCUCCCACUUCUUUUUGACCAGAGAGAUGGUUUAGGUGCAGGAAUUCAAGCAUGUCCUGAGAACAUCCCCCAGGCAAGCUCGCACAUUGAGCUCCUGUUGGAGAAACAUAGCAAUGGAGACAUUGGCGUCAAUAUUGUAGACAUGCUCCAGUCACUUCACUCGCUGCAGCAGGAGAACCAGCGGCUCCAGGACCAGAUCCUCAGUCUGACAGCCAAGAGGGAGCGACUGCAGUUGCUCAACACCGAGCUGGCUGUACCUUUCCCUCAUGCUCAUUCCGUCCAAGGCUCUUUGCACACCGCACCCCGGAUCAACUUCCUGUCCUCAAGUCAAGACCCCCUAAUCACCAAUAAGAGUCCACUGUCGAAGAACAGUUUCCUUAAUGAAACUUCCUUUGUUACCUCCUCUGAGGAUCUCCACUCUGGUAGUCCGUCCCGCAGUUGCUCUUCCCUCUCCUUCCAGAGUACUCCUCCUCCUCAACCAAGCCCCGCCUCCUCGAGUCAACCAGGGAUGAAUGGGCGAGGUACGGGUGACAGUUUGAGGAUAAUAAGUCAGGUUGGCACCUCUACUCAGCUUGUGGCGGGCGGGCUACUCACAUCUCUUGCAGGAAGUCCUCAACUGAGUCUGAAUGGAUCGCUCAGUGGUUUAAAUGGGGUGAUACAUUCCCCUGUCCAGAGCGCAUCUCAGUCCACACUCCCUGCUCUGCGUCCCCAGCCGCCUCCACUCCACCCUCAGACAAUGGCACAGAGCUUUCAGCUUCCCAAGAGUGUGAGCCCGUCUUCUCUCCUGUCAGAGCAGCAGAAACAGAUUAUUCUGGAGCAGCAGCAGCAACUCCAGCAGUUCCUCACAUCACAGAACUUCACCCCUGAGCAGAGGGCAGUCGUUUGCCAGAUGCUUCAGCAGCAGAGGCAGAGGGAGCUGCAGCGCCUCACACUGGCAGGAGCCCUCACGUCCACGACAAAUUCCCCCAUAUUGGCCCAGUCCCCCAACCUGCUGUCCUCAGCAACUUCCUGCCCCCUGCAGGGCAGCCAGGGGGGAAACCUCUUUGGCCGACAGGAAGGCCCCCUUCAAAAGCCUGCUGCAGGAGAGAAGGGCGGAGACAAGAAUGGAUAAAACCCCCAAUGUUACAACACCAUCUCAAAUGAAGAUAUUGAUCAUAACUCUGAGGAAUGACUGACGUCAACUCACAUGACAUGAGGACAGCAUUUCUACUCUGUCAUCUUUAAUGAAUGUACAACAGGAUGGACUUGAGGGUGAGGUUUUUGUGCAUGGAAGUUGUUUUUAUCAGAGGUUCUUUAAUGUUUUUACACAGGCAGCUUUUCAGAGAGCACAAAUACAGUGGUCUCUUCUUAAAUUGCACUAAUUUGUUAGGUAGACCAACGGGCCUGCUUAUUAUGUGGACACUCUUUACUCGUCCUGACAGGUGUGGUCUUGUUUCUUGUUUUGAAGUAUAAUCUCAAGCACUGAUCUUUAAUGAAUCCUUUCCGUAGAUUUUCACAUUCAGACUGUUGGGAAUUAAUGAAAGAAUGUCAUCCACUUGUGAGCCACCUCACACAUUUGUCUUCCUGUAAAUGUUUUCUUCCCUUUGCGUUCGCCACGCCCACAUUAUUUCCAGGCAUUUGCUUUAUGCUUAAUAAAAAGCUAAAUUUAAUAUCGUCUAUCACACGAGUGACUUGCUGUGUUGACUCCUGACGGGGCAAGCCGAAAGUCACAACAACAAGGUGGUCAGUGGCAUUGCAAUUACCUCAAAAUUUUGUACCAUCAUUUUCUACUCUGUUGUGUGGGUUCCAUUUUGUGAUAACUCCUUUUACUACUUAUACAGGAUAUAAAUGGCCACCGAAAAUUUUGUCUUCAACCAUGUUAAAGCUAUUUACUGAUGUUUAAAUAUCCACAAUUGCGUAUUGGUCCCUACAACUGGCAUUGCAUCUAUUCAAAACCAGAAAAGUUUAUCUAUCUAUCUAAUUGCUGUCGAGAUUAAGAGGAUGAAACCAAACAUUUAGAAGUUGUUAGUGAGUUGUUCUUUUUCCUAAGUGUGCACUUUGCGUUAGUAGUCGAAUUAGCUAUUUAGUCAUCAACACAAAAGAUGCUCAGUAACUUCAAGAGACUUGAUUUUUUUUUUUUUUUUUUUGAGAAUCAGCACAUUUUAUAUAUAUAUAUAUAUAUAUAUAUAUAUAUAUAUAUAUAUAUAUAUACAGUAUAUAUUUCUGUUCAACAUUCUUUUCACGUCUGAGAACUCGCUGUUCUUUUAGCAAUACUGGAUAGAUAAUGCCUUAAUGUUGGUAGUCUUUUUUUUCCAUUGGGGAUACAUGGAGAGUUACUGAAAAGGCACUCAUCCUAAACCCAUUUAUACAUUUUAUAGAUAAUUUCAUCAAACGGAAUGUGUGAAUAACCUGAUAGUGAUAACUAUAGUGUCAUUUUUUUACUGUAUAAGUUUUGUGUUCAGAUACGAUGUUCUUGAGUUGUAUGUGCUUCAGAGAUGUGAGAGAAAAGUACGAAAUGGAAAUCUUACAAUGAAGCCUGCACAGUAGUGUCCUCGCAAAGGAUGUAAACUAUAAUGAAAAUGCUGUCACGAUAGUGUGUUAUUUGUGGUGUUACCUGCUCUGAGGAUGGUGAAAUGAGAUGCAGUGGACCCUUAUUGGUUACUGGCGCUUCCAUUCACGGCAUUGGCUGAUGGAAAGCUUAUUUUCCCCUACUACCGUAAUUUCUCGUGUAUAAUGUGCAUUUUUCCCCCCAAAAAAUUGUCAAAAGUCAAUAGUGCGCAUUAUACAUAGGUAUAGGGGCAAAUGGAGAAAAAACUUUCACAUUUUAUAAAUGUAUGCCGCCAUCUAGUGGUUAUGAAAAAGCUGUACACUUUAAUUCCAAAAUGCCACCGCCACCUAGUGGUUAUAAAAAAGGUGUAGCCUACACUUUCAUUCCAAUAUGACAGGGUACACCCCAUAUGACUGCAUAUAUGUACAUUUGUGCUGAUAAGUUUACAUACACUGGCAGAAUUUAAAAAUAAAAAAAUGUUUUUAAUAAUGACUGAUGACUGAACAACAACCAUCAUUAAUUUCUUUAUGGUUAUGUUAUGUUUAAUGUUAAUGCUUUUCUGAAAUGCUUGACCGUUUAAUUUGAAUCCCAUUAAAAUACAAUUAAAUGUGUUUCACCUGGUCCUUCAUGUUUUCUUUAAAGAAUUGUACCCAUCUUACAAAUUCUGCCUGGGUAAUCAAAAAUAUGAGCACAACUGUGUGUUUUCUCAGUCACUAAAUAAAACUAGGGCUGUGAAUUUAAGAGCAUAUAAUAUAAGAGCAAGUAAAUUAAAACAAAAAUGAUUAAGUGUGCAAACCAAGUGCUUAACUUCAGAAGAAUUAUUUGAAAAAAAACUAACAAAAUACAGAUAAUACUAAAUGUUUUGAUCAUAUGGGUAGAAGCAAAAUCAUGCAUUGUAAAAAUGCAUUAUACAUAGGUAGAAGGGCUCUCCAGAAUUUUGAGGUCAAUUUAGGGGGUGCUUAUUAUGCAUGGGUAUGCAUUUUACACGGGAAAUUACGGUAUAUGUUGCCAUGUGAUUCUUCCAUUCUUUUGAUCACAAAUUCAUAGGAGGAAGGGAUUUUUUAAUGUUUUCUCCUUUUUUCUGUAGCAAUAUUGUCACGGGUCUUGUUUUCUCACCUCUUCAAUUUGAAAUAUCGUCUGCCCUAUGUGAUAUCUUGAGUGCUAGUUAUUUUUGUCUGUAGAUGUCAGAAAACAACUUAAAACAGCUCACUAGGAGGUGAUUAAAUACUGUAGCAAUGACAGAAUGGGAAUGUUUUAUUAUGUUGAUUGAAAAAAAAUAUGAGCCAACUUUUAACAUUAAAAGUGGGACGUCUACAAUUUACCAAGUAUGUGUGAAGUCCUGAGAAGACUGUCCAAUGAAGGUUUUGUUUUCUUUCCCAUGUUGCACUGGGGCAUUGUAAGCCCAAUUUGUUCAAUCUAUUUUUAUUUGAUUAUAAGUUGUCCAUUUCUUUGUGCAAGACAUGUUCUUUAAAGCUUUGAAGUUUGGGUAACCAAGAUAAUCCAUGUUAUGAAUGUCGUACUGUGUAUCUUCAGUGUUACAUUAGAGCACCCAUCUCAUAGUGAGGUUUGAUGGAGAGUUACUUGUUAGAAUAAGAAUUGCAUAUAAUGCAGUGGUUUCUCAAAUAUAUCAAUAAUUACGAAGUUAUAACUAUGCAUGAUUUUAAAUGCAUUAUUCCCUAGCAAAGAAAUGUUUUUAUUAAAUGAGCACCUAAAGCACCUAAGGACAAGGUUGUUGGCUUUGUAGAGCAUAUUUGCCUGAGAGAAUUGAUCAAAAAAUGAAUUUGACAAUAUUCAGAUUAAAUCCCUGUAAAGUAUUUUGAUAUUUUUGUGUGUAAAAUUAAAUGAUGGAUGAGUACAGUUUUGUUUUGUCAAUAAAUGUAUUUUACUGA